AUGGAGGAAAAGAAGGCAUAUGACCCGUUGACGGACAUGAUCGACUUACAAUGCGAUUACGAAUACGUGGAGUCGAAUGUAAGUCGAUUUCGAAAGUUGAAAAGGAAAUACCGGGCAACGCUCAGAUUUUGAUAAAAUUUGUUAAAAAUGGUGAUUCAUUUUUUCGAAAACCUAAAUGAAAGUUCAAGCUCGCGCUUUGCAAAAACAAUCGAGACUUUUAGGGCGAAAGUUGGAAAAAAGGUGUCACUAUUUUGCGCUACAGUGGAGCAGCGGAUCCAGUGGCAAAAAACGUACCAUUUUGCAUCCGGGAGGCAUCGAAAAUGUGGCAAAAUGCUUCCCUAUCCAAGGAAAAAACUUCGUUUUGAAUUCUUUCCUCACAAAAAGAGCGGGCGCGCUUUUGAAAUCGGACUUUUUCACUUGGAGAAGGAGGCAUUUUGCCACAUUUUUGAUGCUUCCUGGAUGCAAAAUAAUACUUUUUUUGCCACUGGAUCAGGUCCCCACUGUAAAAGUUUCAUGCCAGUUCCUAUCACACAGGAUAAUGUUUCCAAAGAAAGACAACUUUUUCCACACAAAACUGGCAAAGAAAUGACCACUCAUUUGAUCUUUUUCAAUCCUAGAGCCUUCAUUUCAGGUCCCAGUAGCCACAAUUUCCCUUCUCGGUAUCAUAGUUUCCCUCAUCUACAGCGGCAUUUGCUCACAAUUUUACUCCGACGAUCUGCUCUACAUCUUUUUCAUGAUGACGCUGAGCUACAUGGCUUUAUUUCUCGGCUACAAAUGCCAGUCGUAUCGGCUGUAUUAUCCGAUUAUUGUGGCUUCAAUUAUUGCUGUGCUGGUCACCGGCUACUUCAUUUUCCUAUUCCUCGCUGAUCCGGAGAUGCUUUACUUUGCAUUUACACAUCGACGAUACGGCUAUUUGACCAGCCAGAGUGACAGCAUGUUCAAAGUCGCUGGCUAUUUAUUGGUGGCCUACGACUGUGCAGUUGCACUGGCUUUGUAUCAUAUCAUGUUUGAUUUUAUGUUGUUGAAGAUGAAGUCGGAGGAAAUGAGGCCUGCAUACUUGUAA